AUGUUUCUGGCCAAAAGAAAUGUAACUGCUGGGACCACGUUCACCCUCUUGGGUUUCUCAGAUUACCCAGAACUGCAGGUCCCCCUCUUCUUGGUAUUUCUGGCCAUCUACAGCUUCAGUGUGGUAGGGAAUCUCGGCAUGAUUGUGAUCAUCAAAAUUAACCCCAAACUGCACACCCCCAUGUACUUUUUUCUCAGCCACCUCUCUUUUGUGGAUUUCUGCUAUUCCUCCAUCAUUGCUCCCAAGAUGCUGGUGAACCUACUUGCAGAAGACAGAACCAUUUCAUUUUCAGGAUGUAUGGGGCAAUUCUUUUUCUUUUGCACCUUUGUGGUGACUGAAUUAAUUCUAUUUGCUGUGAUGGCCUAUGACCGCUUCGUGGCCAUUUGCAACCCUCUGCUCUACACGGUCGCCAUGUCCCAGAAGCUCUGCGCCAUGCUGGUGGCGGUAUCAUAUGCCUGGGGAGUGGCCUGCUCCUUGACACUCACAUGUUCUGCUAUCAGAUUAUCUUUUCGAGGUUUCAACACAAUCAAUCACUUCUUCUGUGAGCUCUCCUCCCUGCUCUCCCUCUCUUGUUCUGAUCCGUAUCUCAGCCAGUUGCUUCUUUUCACUGUUGCCACCUUUAACGAGGUGAUUACACUGCUCAUCAUUCUCACGUCUUAUGUGUUCAUUGUUGCCACCACCCUGAAGAUGCAUUCAGCUGGUGGGCACCACAAAGUCUUCUCCACCUGUGCCUCCCACCUGACGGCUAUCACCAUCUUCCACGGCACCAUCCUCUUCCUCUACUGUGUGCCCAACUCCAAAAACUCCAGGCACACAGUCAAAGUGGCGUCUGUCUUUUACACUGUGGUCAUCCCCAUGUUGAAUCCCCUGAUCUACAGUCUGAGAAAUAAGGAUGUCAAAGAUACAGUCAGCAAAAUAAUGAAAAUGAAAUUGUUUCCAUAUUGA